AUGUUGCAUUUUCUAAUUUUCUUCCUAUUUUUAUUUGAAAAUACCUAUCAGGUAAAUCAUUUUUGGGAAAUGUCAAAAUUUAGGAAAUGUUGAUUUCAGUGUAUUUCUGGAUGUAUUGGACUUGGAUUAUGUCUCAGCCCACCAAUGGUAAGUUACAAUAACCUAAUCAGGAUAUUUCUUCUAAAAUAACUAGAGUUUAGUUAUCAAUGCCAUUUGGUUGUCCGUGUGGUUCUGGGUUUAUCUGUAUGCGAGGAGCUUGUGUUGCUCGAGCUGCGGGUGCAAAAACAUUUCAAGAUGAGCCAAUUCGACGACAUCCCUCUUCUUCUUCAAAUUCUGACAUCAAAACUCCCGAUGAACAUUUUCAAACAUGUUGCACAAUUUUAGAUGUUCUUCCAAGUUGUUCGAAUCUGUGCUCAUAUUCUCAAUAUACAUCAGAGCAAGUUCAAUCAUCGAUUUUAUCGAUAUCGACAUGUCCGAUGACAGAAAUCCCAAAAAUUCAUUUUUGCGCUUCUCGAGGGGCAAAUCAUACGGAAUGUUGUGAUCGAGAAAUGAUUCCAAAACAGUGUACCAGUUUUUGUGAUCAGGUAAUGUUUCUGUUUCGAACAUUUCGAAUUUUCAAAUACCUGUCAUUCAGAGUGGUGAUAAGAAAAAUGAAAUUUCAAUCAAUCAACUCGCAUGUGUGUAUCAUUUCAAUGAAAUGAAGCAAUGUUUCUUCGACCACGCAACAACGGAAUAUUAUGAAAGCAAUCGGGGCGAAGUCAUUGAAGAGAUCACCGGACUGGCGCACUAUUGA